CAACAACAACAACAACAACAACAACAACAACAACAACAACAACAACAACAACAUCAUCAACAUCAACAACAACAAUACCAGCAGCAACAACAUCAGCAACAACAACAUCAGCAACAAAAACAUCAGCAGCAACAAUAUCAACAACAUCAGCAACAUGGACACAGGGUCCCUCCACAACAUCAACCGGCUGUGUAUAGGUUCAUUGAUGAAUCGAAUGGGAUUCCACCACAUAAUCCAGGUGUGCCAUAUGGCCAACAACCAGGCGAACAAAUGAGGGUCUCUUUACACCAAGUUGCAGAGCACCUUUCGAACGAGACUGCUCUAUCGAACUUCCUCCAUAAAUCCUACUUUGAGAAUUCAGGACAAUACAUGACAGUAGCUGACAGAGAUUCUAACAAAGUCCUGGGUCAUCACUUUAUGAACUCGUCCAAAGAAGUAUCGGACAAAAAGAUAAACCAAAAAAACAUCCAUACAAAGUUAUUAGCUGGAAGGCAAUCAUAUGCUUCACCGGAAGCUUCAGUUACACCCAUUCCUACUACUACCAAAAUAGACGAUCGUGAAAAUAGUGUCUCAAUUGAGAGAGAUCGAGCUUCACCUGAAAGUAAAGAAAGUUCUGCUCCUGCUGUUACUGCGAAUAUUAUGCCGGGCACAGAGGCACAGAGUACAUUACCUGCCCAACCAUGCGAUGGUAUUUGGCCUUUUCAAUUGGGGUAUGCUUUUUUUAUGAAAAAACGGUAUUAUUGUAAUGUCAGCAGAAACCGUGCCGAUGGAUGCAAACAUACCUUUUUAAACCGAGCAGUGCUGAUUCAACAUUUGAGCUUCGUGCAUCAACUUACCUUGAAAAAUGCAAUGGAUUUACGAGAGUCUGAAGACGAUCAAGGCAUGACAGACAAGAUAGUGGACAUGAUUUUAUCGACGGGAUUGCCUAGUACGGUAGUGGAAAAUCCAGCGUUUAAUAAGCUGGUGAGGGAGCUACAAGGAUCGGAUGAACAGACUGUUAUAGUACCUUCGGUUGAGGUCACACGUAAAUUGAUCUAUCAGCGAUUUGAAGCGGAACAAAAACGCAUCAAGCAGAUCUUAAUUGAUAAGGGACAUGUUGCUUACUCGAUCCAUGUGUGUCAUUCGUUCCAUGAUGCCAAACACACGGUGAUGAUUGUCACAGUUUUUUAUAUGAAUGAGUCGUGGGAAUUAAAGGAUCAAAUUCUUUCGAUAAACUCACUGGAUCGUGAUCCUAAUUCCAAUACUGAUCACGAGGCAAGGAUAAGAACAACGUUUCUUGAAACAAUACAACGUUUGGAAAUCGAUUAUAUACCCUAUACAGUUACAUUGUCUGAUGCCGAUUUUCUCGACAAGUUUGUAAAGCAAGAAGAAAGUCCAAGUGAUAAACCGGCAUUCUUACCAUGUCUUGACCAAAUUUUGCUUUCUAUAAAAGAAUGUCUACUCCUUGAUUUCGAAAAAGAUUUCGAACCCUUAUCCAUAAUCUGCAACACAUUGAAAUACAUCAAUGAAGUCGGUCCCAAUGUAUUAUCACCAGAUUCUAUUCCACGUAUAAAAGAGUACAAUCAGAAUUGUAGAAAACCUGUGGAUUUCUUGACAGAAUUUCCACCUGUUAUGGAGGAAAUUGCUCGAGUAAGUCGAUCAUCAAAUCUGAAAAAAUUGACUCUGGAUGAGAUGACCAAGAUUUUGCGGACCCUUCAUUUGGUAACUAACCUGGAUGAUUCACUAAGCUGGUUGGACAACGCUUUGGAAUACAAAUACCCCACAGCCAAUAAAACGCUAAUAAUAUGUAAUGAAAUCAUGGACUGUAUCUAUCAAGUAGCACGUUGUUAUGGUUGCAAGGAUGUUAAAGACUUAUUCCACAACAAUUGUUAUGGCAGGAAUAGCUGUGAUCGUAAAAUGCUAAUCAAACUCCAUACCAUGUACUUACUUUUACGCCGAUACCACCGUACUUUGAUGCAGACGAACCCUUUCAAUCCAUUCUACAAGGCGUUACUCUUGGAUACUUUUGUGUACAAUAUCUUUAAAGGACGAGAACAACAGUACUUGAAACCGGAUAAUUCAAGUGUAAUCGAAUUGCUUAAAACGUUCCAGCAUGAAGACCAUAUUUCAUCUGUAAUUCAAAAGCUUUCCUCAGAGAUGCUAGAUGUGUUGACGGAGUUAAACACAAUAGCUGUAUCACUUAAGAGAGGCAAGGAGGACAAUAUUUCGCCGAAUAAGAGAUUGAAGCGAGAUAUAGGGAAUAACUGGAAGCUUGCACUAGUAGAAAAUAGUGAGUUGGGCUAUGAAGGGCCUCCCGAAGUGGUAUCGACUGAACCGAAGUAUAACAUGCAAGAAUUUCAAGAGAUUCAACGCUUCCUUCUUCAAACCCAUAAAUCUACUUAUUCUACAGGAUGUAUGCCCACAUCAAUGCUGUCGCUCUUAUUUUCAAAAAGAUACAACUUUGCUCUGAUUAAUUUCUGGAAAAUAGCAAACCCAACAUAUUACCCCGAGCUGGGCGUACUGACGAGACAAUGCUUUUCUAUCCCAACCACGAGUAACGUAUGUACUUCCCUUGCCGAAACAGCCAAAGCGCACUAUUUCAGCUUGUUAUACCUAUCACCAUCGCUAACACGUGAAGAAAUUCAAUAUCGCACGCUUAUGCACUUUUGGGAAAAUCGAUAAACAAAAUAAAAACCCCAUUUAUUUCUAAAAAUUUAAAA